AUAGCAUGAAGAAUGAUAAAAAAAAAAAUACUAAAGAAAAUAAAAUAAAACUUUUUUUUUUUCAAUUUUGAAAGAUAGAAUAAGUGCAAUAAUUAUAAAUUUAUUUUAUUUUUUCCAUGAAUAAUAAAAUAAAAAGAGCUUACGAUAUUUUUUUUAAUUGAGUGUGUUAGCGAAAUAAUUUGACUUUUCAUUUAUGAUUUGGAUCCUUAAAAGGAGCGUGAAUUACUUCCAAGUUGAAUCCGAUUCAGACAUAUGCCCAUAUAUACUCAUCCCACAUACAUAUUGCACAGAGCUGCUAUAUCCAUUUGAAACCACCCAUUUACCAAAACCUUACCUUGUGCUGGUUUUGUUUUCGAGAAAACAUAGAGCCCUCCAACACCCUAACUAAGCAAUGCCCACCUUGAAUCUCUUCACCAAUGUGCCAGUCGAUGCAGUGGUGGCCUCUGAUAUUCUCAAGGAUUGCACCAAAGCUGUUGCUAAAAUCAUUGGCAAACCUGAGUCUUAUGUAAUGAUUUUGCUGAAUGGUGGAGUGCCUAUUGAAUUUGCUGGUACUGAAGAGCCAGCUGCAUAUGGAGAAUUGAUAUCUAUUGGGGGGCUUGGACCGAGUGUUAAUGGAAAACUGAGUUCAACCAUUGCAGAAAUUAUCCAAACUAAGCUUUCCAUAGAUAGUGCUCGAUUUUAUGUCAAGUUUUAUGAUGUUGAGCGCUCAUUCUUUGGGUUCAACGGCUCAACAUUUUGAGUAGCAUUUGGUAUUUGAGAAUAGAUAUCAAUGGAAGGUGUUAAAAGUGGAAACCUUGUGCUCGAGACUGUCUGGCUGAUGAGGUGAUUCUCAUGUUCUAUUGUAGAAUUUCUUCUGAGAAAAAAAUUCCAACCACCCAUGGAUCAACUUGUUUCUUUGAUGAUUAUAUCGGUCUUUACCUUAUUCAAAUUGGAAAGUGAUAUCAUCACAA